AUGUCUUGGAAUGUCCAAAUAAUUCAAAAAUGGUUACCAGUGGAGAUAUUUAGUUAUCAAGAUUUGUACGAUUGUUGUAGAAAAUUGGUAAAUGAUUGCGAUUCGCUAACAACAAAAUUGGAGGUAUUAUUGAAUCAUUUAAAUAAUAAAUCGUGUCAAAAAUUUAAUUCCCAUCUGCAUAACAAUGAUUCAGAACUAGCAAUUAUAGAAGAAAUAACUUUAACCUUAGAAUCCAUAGAAAAAUCUUAUUCGAAAAUUUUUCCGCAAUUAGUGUCUGACAAACAUAUUUUGGUAGCGAAAAAAUUUCAAAUGUGGAGAGAAAUUUUAUGGAAGGCCGAAUUAAAACUAGUGUAUUUUAUUGGCGAAGUUAUUAAUGAAAUUGCUCAUCUAUUCAUAUAUCACGGAGAAACUCUAUUGGUUCAAACUUUGAGAAUUUCGGUUUGUUAUAAUAGUUUAUUGGAUUUGUACAAUAAACAUAAUAAUACUUCAACUGAUAACAGUAUAUGUAAAAAUACUUGUCCGUAUUUAUGUUUUCCUUUGAGAAAAAUAUCCGUAACAAGAUUAUUACAAAUAAUUGCUUAUAAAAGAGCAGAAUUAUGUUGUCACAAAUUGAUAGAUUGUCUAUUGGAAACUUAUAAAUUAUAUGAAAAUUCAGAGGACGACGAUGAUGGCUCUGACAAUUCCAGUUUGGAAAUAUACAUGACUUUGACACAACAUAUGUCGCCUCCUGAUUUAACUGAAAUAACUGUUCCUCAAGAACAAUCUGGGAAUGUUCAUGACAGUAGUAAUUUCGCCAGUUUAGAGGAACUAAUUUAUUGCGAAGAAAAAUAUGUAAUUGACCUGUUAACGGUAACGUUGAAAGCUGCACCUGAAAUGUUGGGAAAUGAUGGAAUUAAAAAAUCAAAAAACACAGGAAUAAAUAAAAUAAGUCCGAAAGCACGCGACAAAGUUUUAGAAUACUACGAACAAGUCUUAUGGGGAGAAGUAGGUAAUUUUUUAGAACACAUCGUAUUAUGGUGGUCUUCUUCUCCUCUAUCUGCAAGAUCUCCUCAUUCUAGCGAACAUCUACGAGAAUGGAUAAUACAAUUCAUACCAUUAGCCGAUGUAUCUCCGGUGGUUUUGUCAUCUUUAGCUAGCCUAGCGGAUGCGUUAGGCGUUCACGUUGCGUCUACAUCGUGGGAUCAAUAUUUUAGAUUAGCUCUGGUCGCUUCUAAUAAACCUUGUAAUAAAGAAACUGGUAAAUUAUUCGCUAAUGCUCUACAAGAUCUCGUUAUGUUGUGUAAUCAGUGUGAAUCUACACCUGAUUGGAUUGUCGGUGCACCUUUAGAUGAGUUACCACUUGUCGAACAGAUUCCCAUUUUACACAGACUAGAUCACUCCAUACACACUACGAGAUCAUGGUGUAUCAACGAAUGCAAAAAAUUAGUGAACGCUUGGAAUGUAAGCGCGUUUUUCGCUGUGAUUCACGAAGACAUCGUCAAUUGCCUUGACCAACUCAAUAACCUAAAACUUGCCGAUCAUACAAAUGAAAUUCAGAAAGGGAAUUUGGGGGUGCACGUAGAAGUAUGCGCACUUAUGAGAGCGAAAUUGGUGUCGGAAGUCAAAGUGAAUUUUGAUAAAUUGAAGGAAACUGCGAAAGAAUGUGUGGAUGGCUUGGCUACCGUAUGUAGAACAAUAUGUCUUGCUAAUUUACAGAUGAUAUUUCCAUCCAGUUUUUAUUGGAAAAAGACUGGUAUCCAAAUUCUUCCUGAACAACCAAGUUCAUUUGUCACCAAAUAUUUAGAUCGAGUCUUGGUACCAGUACUCGACGCAACCGAGGAUCACUUGAUAGCCAACAUGAUCCUAACCUUAAUUUGCGAAUGUUGGUUAGAUCACAUUUAUAUAAAUAAAAUAAAAUUUAGUCAUUAUGGGGCUCAUCAAUUACUAUGCGAUUUUAGAUACGUAAUAUUGUGGUUAACAGACUGCGCGAAUAUAAGUGAUACAAUGAGAAAGAAAUUACUAAAAAACGAAGUAUUGAAAAGGUGCGAAGGAGUAGGGAGAUUGUUGUUAAGGAGACCGGGAGAGAGGAUACAAAUGGCGGAUAAGAAUAAGACGACAUCUAUACAUUCUGGUGGAGAAGAAGAGGAUGGGGAACUAAUGCCGGCGGAAAUGUACGUGCCUAAUCAAGAGAAGUGGUUGGAAUUGAGAGCUAUAAAAAAGAAGACGAUUCUAUUUCCGAUUCCAAUUUGUUGUGGACAAAUACAAUAA